CAGAGUGCAGUUGUCGAAAUUAGUUGAUUGAAGACAUCCUCUACAUGUUCUAUAAGUGCCUUGGACUAAUGUCAGUUCUUUAAGUGACAUAAAGCAAAUCAUCUAAUGCUGAGUAUAGGGUAUAAAGAUCGAGGCACCUAGAGGAGAUCCCAAAAAAAUUCUAUCUUGCAGUAGUCAAAUUGAUUUUGUGCUGACAACAGUGAUGCUUACGAACAAGUGGGAAAAAGAAUAAAAAACAACACUUUCUCCCACCACAUAACAGAAGAAUUGAAAAGAAAAAUUACAUCAAGUACCGGCCAGACAUUUGUAAAAUCCUCCUACAUACAUUUGCACAACUAAAAAUGUCUGAUGAGUUUUGUAACAAAUGCCAAAUUUAUGAAAAUGAAACCCUUGGAAGAUAUGUCAAGGCCAACGAUGUCAUUCAUGCUGGCGAAACUAUUCUUUUGGAGAAACCCCUUCUAAUAUUACCCUGUACGGGGGAGAAAAGAUGCUGUAACUGUUUUCGAUUUGCUCUUCAGUACUGUAGCAAAUGCUCCAUAUCCCCAAUGUGCUUGGAAUGCCAAACCCAUAGUGAAUAUGAUUGUAGCACCUUGAUGCGCCUCACCUCCCUGCCCGAUGUCAAAUUGGAUCUUUUGAAAAAGCACCUCGACACCUAUGGUCUCCUUAGAUGUUUACUAUUGCAAGAAAACCCCGAGACUAGGGAGCAUUUUGAAAGAAUGUUAAAUAUGGAAUCCCAUCUGGAGAAAAGACGCAAUACCCCCAUUUGGCAGCAGCACAAUAAAGAAAUCAUACAACCUCUAAUCAAAUCGAAUAUCUUGAAAGGUCUACAAAUGGCCGAGAGUAUUAAUGAAGAUUUAUUGCAGAAAAUCUGUAGCAUUUGGGAUGUCAAUUCUCAUGAGAUACGAGCACCCGAUACAGCAGCCAUGCGUGGUCUGUAUGUGAAUGUGUCUUUGUUGGCCCACCAUUGCUGUCCAAACGCCAAUCAAGCCAUUGAUGAUCAGUAUCGGAUGAAAGUCUAUGCAAAUCGUGAUAUUGGCAAAGAUGAGAUGGUAACAAAUUCCUAUACAAAUUUACUGUUGGGUACCGAAGAACGCCGUGAAUUCUUGCGCGAAGGCAAAUAUUUUCAUUGCACCUGUGAACGUUGUGAAGAUCCCACAGAACUUGGCACACAUAUGAGCAGUUUCGUGUGUGCUCCUUGUGCAGGCAAAAAUCAGGAAGGCUUCAUCGUAAAAGACGCUGCCUCCAAAUCUUGGAAAUGUCUUAAAUGCGGCCAUACUCUAAGAAACGCACAAGUGCAGAAUAUACUGGAAAAGGCCAGAGAAGAAGUCUUUCACUCGCAAGAUGAUCUUCGUCGCCUGGAAUAUCUAUUGGCCAAAUUGCACACCAUUUUGCAUAAGAAUCAUUAUAUCAUAGUGGAUCUGAAGCAGAACAUAGCCAACAUCUUGAGAUCGAUAAUUAUGAGCAGUCUACAGAGACCGGGUCGAAGACUAUACGAAAGAAAGAUACGCUUAUGCCAAGACCUGGUGUUGUUGCUGCAUACCAUACAACCUGGGAUCUCGAGACUAAAGGGUAUAGCGCUUUAUGAAAUGGCCACAGCCUCAGCGGAACUAUAUCGUCUAAGAUUUGGUGAGAAGGAGCUGAGUGUGCAGGAGUUGAAGGAACAUUUGGGCAAGUGUGAGAGCAUGUUUAAGGAGGCAAUACGUUUGCUGCUGCACGAGCCCUCGGAAACACCCGAAGGCAAAUUGGUGAAGAGUAUGAUGAAUGAAUUGAAGGAUUUGCGUAAUGACAUACAACUAUUGGACCAGCCGGCUCCGGAAGCAGUAGAGGAUGAAGAAGAGAAUGCUGUGGAAGCAGAGGAUGAAGAAUGAAGACUACUAUGGAAGUAGAAUAAAGUUAAGAAAAACAAAUAAAGUUUAAAAAUACUAAAA